AUGAUCACCCUGCCCAACAUGGAGUUCCUUCUCGGAACAUUGGCCCCUCUUAUCCUAUGGAUGCUUCUUUUUGCCUUUCUCGUCAUGUGUAUCUUCUACAACCAAGCCAACGAUAUUAAGCACGAAAGCACUGUCACUGGUCCUUCAUGGAGUAUAUCCUUCAUUGGCCCUUCCAUGGGAUUCAACUUCGAAAGAUACUACGCCGAGUGGCUCAGCGGACCCUUAAGCUGUUUCCAAAAGUGCCUCAACAUCAUACAGGGCGUAAAAGCUGGACAAGUUUGUUGGUGGGUUCUUAGGUCCGUCAUUAUUCCUUUGUCUCGCAACAUAGCCCUUAAGGCUCUCAAUUCGCCCGUCUAUAUCACGCCCAUCGUCGUUGAUGUCGCUCCCGAUCACCUUGGCUAUGCCAUCUCGGUGUUCAUCGAUAGCAACGCCCAUAUCGAAUUCCGAAAAGGUCUGACCGACCUUUUCACGCGCAAGUCCCUCGGGGUUUAUCUACCUGGACAGGAGGCGGUGUAUAGGGAGUACUUUCCUCGAUUCAUCAAGAUUACGAAAGAGAAUGGCGGAAAACCGGUUCCGUUCAUAUCCGAAUUCCGCCAGAUGAUGUGUGCCGUUUCUCUUCGAACCUUUGUCGGUCAUUAUCUCUCAGACGCAGCCGUGAAGAAUAUCGCUGAUCACUCUUACCUCACCCCCGCUGCCCUGGACCUCGUCAGGUUUCCCGUUAUCGUUCCCUACACCAAGGCUUGGUAUACCAAGAAAGCGGCCGAUAUGGUGCUCUCCGAGUUUUGCAACUGUGCCGCAAAGAGCAAGGUUCGCAUGGCGGCUGGAGGCGAGGUCGCCUGCAUUAUGGACGCCUGGACCCAGAGUAUGGUCAGGUCCCGGCGAUGGUGCGAGGCCGAGGAGGCUAAUGACUUGACCGAAGACAUGGAGAAGCCCCAGCCCAUAGUGCGAAUGUUCAACGAUUUCGAGAUCGCUCAGGUUGUCUUUGUUUUCCUGUUCUCAUUGCAGGAGGCCACCAGCAGUGCCGUCGCCUGGCUCUUCGAGAUUGUUACCCAGCGUCCCGAUGUUUUAGAGAAGGUGCGGGAGGAGAAUUUGAAGGUUCGCGAUGGCGUUGUCCAUGCAGAACUUAGCAUGGAGCAGCUCGAAUCUCUCACGUAUACUCGGGCAGUGGUUCGUGAGCUUUUUCGAUAUCGUCGACCGGUGCUCGUGGUUCCGUACCAACGCAGGAACUUGUUUCCUAUUCCCGAUUCGGAUGCCAUUCCCAAGGGUACUGCACUCCUGCCAUAUAUUGUAGGCUCCAUAUCAACGACGACUUACACGGCUCUCUAUAAUCCCAAAGUGUACGAGAAACCCGAGCAUUUCGACCCUGAGCGAUACUAUUCCGCUGAUGCGGAAGAGAAGGUUGCUAAGAACCACCUUCUGUUCGGCGGUCCUCAUAGCUGUGUUAGUCAGCUGUACACACCACUGAAUUUGGCCCUCUGCCUAGGAAAGGCGUCGGUUCAGAUGGACUGGCAAUACCAUACCAAUCCAAAGCCGGAGAAAAUUCAAGGGCUUGUCUCUACUUUCCCAAUGGUAUACUCAUUUGAUAUCCCUCAGAAGCACUGUAUACCUGCAGAUAAUGUUGGAUCUGACUAA